GAAUCAGUGUGCUACGUCAGUCUGCGGGCGGGUGGGGGCUGUCCGUGUGUCAUUUCCUGAUUACAGAGGUCACAAAAGACGCUUCUCCGGAGUUUCCUCCCGUAGCUAUUCAGACCCUGGAUUGACUGAGGCACACUGGAGGCCUGCGUUGAAAGAACUUCUGUCCAUCAAGUUGACUCCAUCCCUACAGCUUCCUUUUUCAAUCAUGUGUGCUCUCAGUCAAGAUGGCGUUUGGGAGACGGAUUUCUCGCGUGAUUUUUCCUUGGUGAACCGUCGCCUGGACUCGUUCCGUGGCUCCAGCCUGGCUGAGCAGGUGCCUGCAGACAGACUGGCACAGGCUGGUUUCUUCUACACUGGCCAUUCUGACCGUGUGCGCUGUUUUAGCUGCAACACGACUGUGGAAAACUGGUGCAGGGGAGACAAGCCUGUAGACAGGCACAAGGAGGUUUCCCCAUCAUGCACGUUUCUUUCCUGUGUACAUCGUACCAGUUUUAACCUGAAUCCCAAUGCCCCUCUAAUUAAUGGCUCCAUAUACAGUCAAGAAGCAGAAGACAUGGAAUAUCGUUUGAGAACGGGAGCAGUGGUUGAUGAGACCAUCUACCCUAAAGUUCCUCAUAUGAGAAAAGAAGAAGCCCGACUUCAGACCUUCUCUUUUUGGCCCAGCAGCGCUCCCGUGAAUCCCAGUGAUCUGGCCCAAGCUGGCCUCUUCUACGUAGGGCAGAGUGACCUGGUUCAGUGUUUCUGCUGUGGCAACAAGUUGAGUGGCUGGGAAACGGGAGAUACCGCCUGGGGUGAACAUGAAAAGCAUUUUCCCAACUGCUUAUUCAUCCUUGGGCAGGAUGUGGACAACGUCCCAAUCCAGGGAGGUACAGAGGUGGAGUCCAGCAGCAGUCAGCAUGUGAACGCUCAGGUGUCAAUGGAGAGUUUUGAGAAGAGGCGUGAUAGCUUUGCAGGUGUCCGGCACCCUGUUGACCACGAGAGGCUUGCCAGAGCUGGCUUCUACAGCACAGGAAGAGGAGACAUGGUGUUGUGUUUCCGCUGCGGUGGAGGUUUGAAAGAUUGGAAGCCUGAGGAAGACCCUUGGGAGGAGCAUGCUAGACACUACCCAGGGUGCAGCUUCCUUUUAGCAGAAAAAGGGCCAGAAUUUGUCAAUGGCAUCCAACUACAAAGACCACAGUAUAACAGAGCAGCUUCAACUCAUCAAAAUGCAAUUUCAGAAGAUGGGAACGAUGAGGACCCAAUGGAGAAACUAAAAAGGCUGCAGAGGGAAAAACAGUGCAAAAUAUGCAUGGACAGAGAUAUCGGCAUGGUGUUCGUCCCAUGCGGUCACCUCGUUGCUUGUGAGAAGUGUUCACAGUUGCUCGACAAGUGUCCAAUCUGCUGUGGGCCCAUAGAACAGAAGUUUAAGACCUAUACUGCUUAAGGCAACAAGAUACUCUUGCUCAAAAGCAGUGCUGGUUUUACUCUUUGUAAUAUUAAAAUGUAAUAUUAAUUGUACAGUAGAUGGCCUGUAAUAUUAUUUAAAGACCACAUUGUUUUAAUGAAUACCAGAAUGAUGUGUAAAACUAUUUUCACAAUCACUACAAUGGCAAAUAUCUGUAUAGAUGGAGAUGAUUUUUAUAGUUUUCUUGACUAACAAUGAGUCCUGACACAUGGCAGUGCAUAUUAAAGGGCAGUUCCUAUUUUGCAACAUUUUCCGGAGGUGCCUUUCUUUGGGUUUAUAUUUUUUUAAUCCAUAAUAUACCACAGGUAAACUGAACUGGAUGUUGUAGCGCAGUCAUUUUUGUUACCUUGUAGCUCAUUUGUUUGUACUUUAUGUAUUGAACUAGUUUUACUCUGUUUUCACAUUUCUAAAUUCUAGGGCUUGAAGCAAAUCAGUGUGAUGUAAGAUUUUAUUCUUUAAUCAAGUAUGAAUAAACUUUAUGUAGAACCUGA